AUGUCGCAUCAAAGUCCACCAGACUCACUGUUAACCGACUCUGCGGCUGCAGCAGAGGCGGCGUUUAAGAAAUUUGCAGUCGAGUCAUGGGUUCUUACAUCACUCGCCAUCUUAAUCUGUGCAUUAAGAACUUAUGCGAGAGUGAGGGCUGUUGGCGUGAGGGACCUCUGCCUUGACGAUUACAUGGUCUGGGUCGGAGUGGUGCGUUGUGCCAAGUCUGCAUGCUACACGACGUUAACAAGCUUGGCGUACUGUGCUGGUACAAUGGCAAAGGGUCUUGCAAAUACCGGCAUGACAGAUGCUGAACGAACCGCUUUGUCUCCAAUAGAUGUUGAAUAUCACAGCAGCUAUGCUAUUCGCAUAAGGAUUGGCUUUGUAUUCCUCGCAUCAUCUUAUUUUACCCUGGUAAUGACAUUCUUCUUUUCUUGCCGCCCAUUUCAUAAGUAUUGGCAGAUAAACCCAAAUCCUGGAAGUAAGUUAACCUCGAUGAUUAUACUACCUAAUGACAAGCUAAUUGUUACGUUACUAGCUGUUUGCCAACCAACUAUAUCAACUCCCCUUCUUUGGACCAACUUUGUUCUAAAUGCAUCAACGGAUAUAUACAUUAUGUCUAUACCCAUCCCAUUGCUAUGGAAAUCUGGUUUAAAAAUUGCAAAGAAAAUAUUCAUGACAAUUUUGCUUGGUGCUGGUGUAUUUAUUCUUGCUUGCGCUCUUCUAAGGGUUAUACUGGUUGAAUUGGUAAGUGCCGCAACAUUCUUGAAUGCUUGGGUUGAAGUUUUUAACGUUCUCUUAGUAUCCAGAUACGAGCCCGCAGGUUGA